ACCUGUGUCAGUUCCUACCACAGGAGAAGGUUGGUGAGUUUGCGAAGAUGAGUAAGAUCGAGCUUCUGGAAGCCACUGAGAAAUCUGUCGGCCCGCCAGAAAUGUACGAGUUUCACUGCGAACUCAAGACGUUUCGCAGCAAAGAGAGGGACCUGGAGAAUGUGUGUAAGGAGAAAGCCAACUUCCUAGAGAAGGCCAGACAGAGGAAUGAGAGGAACAAACUGGAUGUGGAGCGCUACUACAUGAAGAAGAGACACUUGGACAGGAUCCAGAUGCUAGAGAAGAAGAAACCCUGGGUG